AUGACCAACCCAUCGCCCAGCCUGAAAACCCCCAAGGCUUCUCAGCCAAAUUUUUCCUCCACCGACAAUCCACGUCCAGAGUCUGCCUCAUCUGCAGAAGAUCCCCAACUCCAGGACUCUGUCCCAACCUCAGUCAAUAAUGAGGACGAGGACAUGCCCUCAGACGACGAUGAUGAUGAAGACUACAUUGAAAAUGAACGAGAUCGAACACGUCAGUGUGUUCGAGAAUUCCUGACAAUGACAGACAAGCACUUUGUGAAUAUGGAAAUCCGCCCCCUUGUGGGCAAACGAAACUGGCUGUCGUGGCUUUCUACCAUCCAUAUGCAACUCAGAAUGCAUCAAGUUUGGGAGGUCGUGGGAGAAAAUCUAAUUCCAUUAGACGAGGGCGACGAAUUGUUUUAUGGCUAUGAGCGGAUGAAGGAUGUUGGUUGCGCCGUCAUCUAUGCGAAUCUGUCCACCGCUCUCAAGGAUAUUCCAUGUUUCUGGUCUACUCUCCAGCACCGGGAUCCGGCACUGCUAAUGAGUAGAUUGGAAGGCCACUUUUCCAAGGGUGGUAGUGAUGACCAUGUUCAUUGA